CGCUGUGCGCCUGCGCGCUGGCGGCGGCUGUGGCGGGGCCCGGCGGGGAGCGGGUCCGGAGCAGGCUCCCGGACCCAAAUCUGAAGGGGGAGUGUGGGGCGUCAGGGAGCUCCCUCGCCUGGCCUUCGGCGGCCUGAUGGAGUAAGAGGGGUUGGCUGUGAAUGUGUGACGUUGCGUGCUUCAGAUCUGGUCACUAUGGUACGAGAACGAAAAUGCAUAUUGUGCCACAUUGUGUACAGCUCAAAAAAGGAGAUGGACGAACACAUGCGGAGCAUGUUGCAUCACAGGGAACUUGAGAACCUGAAGGGCAGGGACAUUAGUCAUGAGUGCCGAGUGUGCGGGGUCACAGAAGUGGGUCUUUCUGCAUAUGCAAAGCACAUUUCUGGCCAGUUGCACAAAGAUAACGUUGAUGCCCAGGAAAGAGAAGAUGAUGGAAAAGAAGAGGAAGAGGAAGAAGAUUAUUUUGACAAGGAACUCGUUCAGUUAAUAAAACAAAGGAAAGAACAAAGUCGACAAGAUGGACCUUCCAAAAGCAACCAAGAAGUAAACUCUGAUGACAGACGACCCCAAUGGAGACGAGAAGACCGAAUUCCUUACCAAGACAGAGAGAGUUACAGCCAGCCUGCAUGGCAUCAUCGUGGACCUCCACAACGGGAUUGGAUGUGGGAAAAAGAUGCCUUUAAUAAUACUAGGCAAAACAGCUUUCCACAUGCUUUGAGGAAUGGUGGUGGACCAAGAGGACGUUCUGGGUGGCAUAAGGGUGUUGCGGGAGGCUCCUUGACUUGGUUUCACAACUAUAGUAAUUCUGGAGGUGGUUGGCAUUCAAAGAGUGGAGCAGUUGAUUGGAAUCAUAAUGGUCCAGGAAGGAAUUCCAGUUGGCAUUCUGAAGGAACAGGUGGCUUUUCCAGUUGGCAUAUGAACAACAGUAACGGAAACUGGAAAUCCAGUGUACGUAGUACAAAUAAUUGGAAUUACAGUGGCCCUGGAGACAAAUUUCAACCAGGCAGAAACAGAAAUUCUAACUGUCAAAUGGAAGACAUGAAUAUGCUAUGGAACAAGAACUCUAGUAAGUCGAGCAAAUACAAUCAUGACAGAUAUAAUUGGCAGCAGCAAGAAAAUGACAAACUUGGUACAGUUGCCACAUAUAGAGGUCCUUCUGAAGGAUUUACAAGUGAUACAUUUCCUUCAGAAGGCUUACUCGACUUCAAUUUUGAGCAGCCGGAAAGCCAAACCACUAAGCAAACAGACACUGCAACUUCCAAAGUAAGUGGAAAGAAUGGCAGUGCGGCAAGGGAAAAGCCUCGUCGCUGGACACCUUACCCUUCUCAGAAGACUCUGGAUUUACAGUCGGGAUUGAAAGAUGUCACUGGUAACAAGUCAGAAAUGAUAGAGAAACCUCUCUUUGAUUUUAGCUUGAUAACUGCGGGAAUACAAGAGUCCCAAACUGAUGAAACACAUAAUACCCCAACACAGAAAACACAAAAAGAAAUACAUACUGGAUCUCUUAAUCAUAAAGCCUCUUCUGACUCUGCUGCUUCCUUCGAGGUAGUGAGACAGUACCCCAUUACAGAAAAACCUGAACAAGAGCAUACCCCAAAUAAAAUGCCAUCAUUGAAAUCCCCGCUCCUUCCAUGUCCAGCCACUAAAUCAUUUCCUCAAAAGCAAGAUCCAAAGAAUACCUCAAAAAACACCAAAAUGAAAUUUUUUUCUUCAGGAGAACGGUCAAAUCCCUUGAACAAGAACCAUGCAGAAGAUAACCAUGGUUCUUCUUACAUAUCCAAACUGCGUAGUUCAUGUCCUCGCGUUUUAAAAGGGAAUAAAAAUACAUUUGGCUCUCAAAAGGAAUCUGGUGAUAAUUUAAAUGAUACAUUGCAAAAGGCCAAAGAGGUGCUACAGUGUCAUCAGUCAUUGCAAAAUCCACUUCUUAGCACUUCUAAAAGGACCAGGAACUAUGCAAAAGCAAGUAGAAAUGUAGAAGAAUCUGAAAAAGGGUCUUUGAAAAUUGAGUUUCAAGUGCACGCAUUAGAAGAUGAAAGUGAUGGGGAGACAUCUGACACAGAAAAGCAUGGAACAAAAAUUGGAACCCUAGGUUCUGCAACUACAGAAUUACUAUCCUGUAGCACUCAUACUGCUGAUGAGAAAGAGGAAGAUGACCAAAUCCUGAAGACUUCUAGGGAACUAUCCACUUCCCCAUGUAAUUCCACAGUUCACCAGAAAGAAUCUGAGUUACAAAUGACAUCUGCAGCCAGUUCACACCCUGGCUUAUUGCUAGACUUAAAAACCUCUCUAGAAGAUGCACAGGUUGAUGGCUCUGUUAAACCUCAUGUAUCUUAUGAAACAGAAGGCUUUGAUAGUAGUAGCUUGGAAGCAGAGCUUCAGAAAAGUGAUAUCAGUCAUCCCUCGGGCCCUCUCCUGCCUGAACUAAGUAAGCUGGGCUUUCCUGCCUCACUCCAGAGGGAUCUCACCCGGCACAUUAGUUUGAAGAGCAAAACUGGAGUACACCUUCCUGAGCCAAACCUCAAUAGUGCCCGCCGCAUUCGCAAUAUUAGUGGUCACCGUAAGAGUGAGACAGAGAAGGAGUCUGGGCUCAAGCCAACCCUACGGCAGAUUCUCAAUGCUUCUCGGAGAAAUGUCAACUGGGAACAGGUCAUUCAGCAAGUAACCAAGAAAAAGCAAGAGCUGGGCAAAGGCUUACCCAGGUUUGGCAUAGAAAUGGUACCCCUUGUUCAAAAUGAACAAGAAGUCUUGGAUUUGGAUGGAGAACCUGAUCUGUCCAGUCUAGAAGGAUUCCAGUGGGAAAGUGUUUCCAUUUCCUCCUCCCCUGGCUUGGCAAGAAAGCGAAGCCUUUCUGAGAGCAGUGUGAUCAUGGACAGAGCUCCUUCUGUGUAUAGCUUCUUCAGUGAGGAAGGUACAGGCAAAGAAAAUGAGCCCCAGCAGAUGGUUUCACCUAGUAACUCAUUGAGGGCUGCACAGAGUCAGAAAGCAACCAUGCACCUCAAACAAGAAGUGACACCUCUGGCUGCCUCCCUCCAAACAGGUGAAAGGGCUGAAAAUGUUGCUACCCGAAGGGGACAUAGUGCACAAUUACCCUCUGACCAUAUAAUACCCUUGAUGGCCUCGGCAAAAGACUUGAACAGCCAGGGGAGGUCUGUACCACCUUCAGAGAAUCAGAAUUCCCAGGAGAGUAAUGGAGAAGGAAACUCUCUAUCAUCAAAUGCAUCCUCAGCCCUUGUGAUCUCCAGUUUAGCUGAUGCAGCCACAGAUAGUAGCUGUACCUCUGGUACUGAACAAAAUGAUGGCCACAGUAUUAGAAAGAAACGAAGAGCCACUGGAGAUGGAUCUUCUCCUGAACUCCCAAGCCUUGAGAGAAAAAAUAAAAGAAGGAAAAUUAAAGGAAAAAAAGAACGUUCUCAGGUUGACCAGCUGCUGAACAUUUCUUUAAGGGAGGAAGAACUUAGUAAGUCAUUGCAGUGCAUGGAUAACAAUCUUCUGCAAGCCCGUGCAGCCCUUCAGACAGCUUAUGUGGAAGUUCAGAGGCUGCUUAUGCUCAAGCAGCAGAUAACUAUGGAGAUGAGUGCACUGAGGACCCAUAGAAUACAGAUUCUACAGGGAUUACAAGAAACAUAUGAACCUUCUGAGCACCUAGACCAGGUUCCCUGUAGCCUUACACGAGAACGAAGGAACAGUAGAUCUCAAACAUCCGUUGAUGCUGCACUGCUGCCUACUCCCUUUUUCCCACUUUUUCUGGAGCCUCCAUCAUCCACCGGAGCCUCUCUUCAAGUAACCACAUCUCCUACUUUCCAAGCCCAUGGCAGUGUCCCUGCUCCAGACUCAUCAGUUCAUAUUAAACAAGAACCCAUGUCUCCUGAACAAGAUGAUAAUGUGAAUGCUGUGCCACAAGGCUCUGCCUGCAAUGUGUCCAAGGAAUUACUGGAAGCUAAUAGAGAGAUCAGUGACAGUUUUCCAGUUUAUCCAGUCAUCACUGCCAGAUUGUCCUUAUCAGAGUCAACAGAAAGUUUCCGUGAGCCUAGCCAAGAACUGAAGUCUUCUGUGGAGCAAAGACAUACCAGAAACAGAGAAAACUCUCCCUCUUCCCAAUCAGCUGGUCUUUCUAGCAUAAAUAAAGAAGGGGAAGAGCCAACCAAAAGCAAUAGUGGGUCUGAAGCUUGUACUAGUUCUUUUCUAAGAUUGUCUUUUGCUUCAGAAACCCCUUUGGAGAAGGACCCCCACUCUCCAGCUGACCAGCCUGAACAACAGGCAGAAUCCACUUUGACAUCAGCUGAAACUAGGGGAAGCAAGAAAAAGAAGAAGCUUCGGAAGAAAAAAACUCUACGGGCUGCCCAUGUUCCUGAGAAUAGUGACACUGAACAGGAUAUUUUGACUGUUAAACCUGUAAGGAAAGUAAAAGGUGGAAAGUUAAUUAAAGGGGGGAAAGUAACAACCUCCACUUGGGAAGACAGCAGGACUGGUCAGGAGCAGGAGAGUGUCAGAGAUGAGCCAGAUAGUGACUCAUCUCUGGAAGUCCUAGAAAUUCCUAAUCCUCAGUUAGAAGUAGUAGCUCUUGAUUCUUCAGAAUCGGGAGAAGAGAAACCAGACAGCCCAUCUAAAAAGGAUAUUUGGAACUCUACAGAGCAAAACCCGCUAGAAACUUCUCGUUCUGGGUGUGAUGAAGUUAGCUCUACUAGUGAAAUUGGCACUCGCUAUAAAGAUGGCAUCCCUGUAAGUGUGGCAGAAACUCAAACUGUGAUCUCCUCCAUAAAAGGAUCAAAGAAUUCUUCAGAAAUAUCUUCAGAGCCAGGAGAUGAUGAUGAACCCACAGAAGGAAACUUUGAGGGGCACCAAGCUGCUGUAAAUGCAAUUCAGAUAUUUGGGAACUUACUGUAUACCUGUUCAGCAGAUAAAACUGUCCGGGUUUAUAAUCUGGUGAGUCGGAAAUGUAUUGGUGUCUUUGAGGGUCAUACCUCCAAAGUUAAUUGCCUCCUGGUUACUCAGACCUCUGGGAAGAAUGCUGCCCUUUAUACUGGGUCCAGUGACCAUACCAUCCGCUGCUAUAAUGUUAAGAACCGAGAGUGUGCCGAGCAGUUACAGCUGGAAGAUCGGGUCCUCUGCCUCCACAGUAGAUGGCGAAUCCUCUAUGCGGGACUGGCAAAUGGCACUGUGGUCACCUUCAACAUAAAGAACAACAAACGACUUGAGAUCUUUGAAUGCCAUGGCCCUCGUGCAGUCAGCUGUCUUGCCACAGCUCAGGAAGGUGCCCGAAAGCUGCUGGUGGUGGGAUCCUAUGACUGUACCAUCAGUGUACGUGAUGCACGGAAUGGGCUGCUUCUCAGAACUCUGGAGGGCCACAGCAAAACCAUUCUUUGCAUGAAGGUGGUGAAUGAUCUUGUAUUCAGUGGCUCCAGUGAUCAGUCAGUCCAUGCCCACAACAUUCACACUGGUGAGCUCGUGCGGAUCUAUAAAGGUCACAAUCAUGCAGUGACUGUGGUGAAUAUCCUAGGAAAAGUGAUGGUGACUGCUUGCCUGGACAAAUUUGUUCGUGUCUAUGAAUUACAGUCUCAUGAUCGGCUACAAGUUUAUGGAGGACACAAAGACAUGAUUAUGUGUAUGACCAUCCAUAAAAGCAUGAUUUACACUGGCUGUUAUGAUGGCAGUAUUCAGGCUGUGAGGCUUAAUCUGAUGCAGAAUUUCCGUUGUUGGUGGCAUGGUUGCUCUCUGAUAUUUGGCGUUGUCGAUCAUUUAAAACAACACUUACUGACCGACCAUACUAAUCCGAACUUCCAAACUCUGAAAUGUCGCUGGAAGAACUGCGAUGCUUUUUUCACUGCUAGGAAAGGAUCCAAACAGGAUGCUGCAGGACAUAUUGAACGACAUGCUGAAGAUGACAGCAAAAUUGAUUCAUGAAGUUUUUGCCUCCCAUGUUGGGAAGUCAUUAGUUGAACUAUUUUCACAUUGGCCCCCCACACACGCCACUCUCUUCCCUUCCCCAGUGAAACAAGGAAGGGUAUAGUGGUUACUAGCCAGGCUUACCCCUAGCAUAAGUCUGGGCAGCUCUAUGGGAUAAUAGAGGACACUUUAAGUUCUUGCUGGAGGUUUCAAACAGAUUUAGACAGAUGUUAAGGAACCAUACGCCUCUGGGACAGCAUGGCAUAUAAUGAUUUAUGCUACUAGCGUUCUCCAGAUGUUUAUUAAAGAUACAGAUCCUAAUUGGUUACCCAGUUUGACCCUAAUCAUAUGUAUAUUUUAUUGAUUUCAGUUUGCAAUUUUUUGUUUAUAUUCUUAUGAUGGUUUAAACCUGUAGUCAGGCUUUUAAAUACAAGUUUGUUUAAGUGCUAGACUUUCAGGAUCAGUUUUAAUUUCUCCAUUUGUAAUAGCCAGGUAUUUAAAUUGGAAGCAAAUAGUUUUCUUUCUUAACAAUUAUGUGCAGUGCAUGUCACUGUUUUUUUGCUUUAUAGAUGGACAGAGCUGGCUUUAAGCGCUAAAGGACACGGUAGAUUUUUGACAAACAGUGGCUGCUCUGCUGACUAUAUUUUAGGAAUUCAGAAAGCAAAUCACAUAGUGACAAGUCCUUACAGACACCACUUCCUAGUAAAUGUCUAUAAAUGUGGAUAGAAAGCUCAGCGUGAGGCAGUACAUAGACCUAAUGUCUACCUUUACGUUUGCUGUUGAACCUGGCACUCCUUGCUACAGAUCCUGUCAGGCUGUUGGAACUGGAGGUGUACCUUUAUCUUCCUUUCUAGUGUCUGACCCUGCAAGCCUGAUGUCGGCUUGAACCCUUUUGGUUUGUUCAGUUGCCAACCUCCAUCUCUCCCACUGUAUGGCUGUGCCUAAACCGAUGGCAGCCAUCAAGUUUUCCUCUGGACCCACGGGGUGUUUUCCACCCCCCUGCAGCACCCAAGAUGGUGGGGAAGAGGGCUUAGAAUAAGGCAUCUGAAUAUGGUUUUUAGGACCUCAAGCAGACUUCCUAGAGACUUGUUUCUGAGACCAUUUCUUUGCCUUCACUUCCCUGCUAACUGGGAAAGAAAGUGCAGCAGAGUCUCUGCCUGGCCACUGAGAACAGCCAAAUUCACAAACCCUCAGGGGGGCUUUGUUUUUGGAUUUUUCUCUGGACUCAUCAGUAAACUUGGAGAAGUGUUGCUUUCCAACCGUUUGUUUCUGGAUCCUCAAAACUCAGAAAGUGGCUGGGUGUGGUGGCUCAUGCCUGUAAUCCCAGUACUUUGGGAGGCCGAGGCAGGCAGAUCACCUGAGGCUAGGAGUUCAAGACUAGCCUGGCCAACAUGGCAAAACCCUGUCCCUACUAAAAAUACAAAAAUUAGCUGGGCUUGAUGGCAGGCACUUGUAAUCCCAGCUACUCAGGAGGCUAAGGCAGGAAAGUCACUUAAACCUGUGAGGCGGAGGUUACAGUGAGCCAGAUCGAGCCACUGCACUCCAGCCUGGAUGACAGAGCAAUACUCUGUCUCAAACAACCAAACAACUUAGAAAGCUUCUUCAGAGAGAGAAAAUAAGGGGGAGGCACCCAGGACCACAUACCAAGCUUUGGGACAUGGUCCUUUCUGCUGUCUGGGAUUGCAGAGCAUCCAGGUCUGUCUUCACCCCUGUUAGUGUACACGCAUUCACUCACAUGUCUUCCCUCAGGCUCUCGGGCAGGGGGACUUCUCCAGGGGUUCAUGGAGAGGCUUCAAGAGGGUCUGCAAGCCCCCAGAAAUUGUGUAUGAGACUAAGUUUGUGUUCUUUUUUCCAGGAAAGGCUCCAGUGGGUCUUACUUGAUUCAGAAAAUGUUAAGAAUUAAUCUACGAGGCCAGGCACAGUGGCUCACGCCUAUAUCCCAGCACUUUGGGAGGCCAAGGCGGGUGGAACACUCGAGGUCAGGUGUUCUAGACCAGCCUGGCCAACAUGGUGAAACCCUGUCUCUACUAAAAAUAACAAAAUUAGUCAGGUGCGGUGGUGGGCAUCUGUAGUCUCAGCUACUCGGGAGGCUGAGGCAGGAGAAUCGCUUGAACCUGAGAGGCAGAGGUUGCAGUGAGCCGAGAUUGUACCACUGCACUCCAGCCUGGUGACAGAGCGAAACUCUACCUCAAGAAGAAAAAAAAAAGAGUUAAUCUAGGAAAUAAUGAAUGGCCUACUACUAUAUAAUAAAUGGCCCUACAAGCUCUUGACUUCUGUCCUUGGGGAAAGCUGUUUUGUUAACCACCCUAGUGAGCUUUAUGUGAUUAAUGGAGAACAAAGAUCAUCUUGCUGCAAAAGGUGUAUUAAAUAUUUGUGCUGUUUCUGUAUGAAA